CUGCAGCACCUGCCGGAGGGGAGGGGUCGGAGAAGGUUGUGUUCAAGGUGUGAAGAACCUGUGGUGAUUUUCACUGCUCACUUCCUGGUUCUUGAAGAGUCCUGGAGGGUGGGCAAGAGGACCUGCUAACCACUCCCACCGUCAUGGGCAACAACACCUCAGCAACAACGGAGAUGCUGGUGGCAUGUUUCCAUGACGAUGAUACGUUCAAGUACCGCGCCUACACCUUCACCUACCUGCUGGUGUUUCCUGUGGCUUUUCUCUGCAACGUCGGAGCGCUGGCAGUUUUCUUCCUGCAGAGCAACCGCAGAAACUCCCCCUCCUACGUGGUCAUGAUGAACCUGGCGAUAUCAGACGGCAGCUUCUCGCUCACCCUGCCGCUGCGAUUGGCUUAUUACUUCAGGGGCGGAGUGUGGGACUUUCCUGAUUGGCUGUGCCGGCUGUGCGUCUUCGGCUUCUACGUCAACCUGUACACCAGCAUCCUCUUCCUCACUCUACUGAGCAUACUCCGCUGGCUCGCCGUGGCCCGGCCCCUCCGUCACCGCUCUCUGGCCACGCCCACUCGAAGCUUAUUGGUCUGUCUGGGAGUUUGGCUGUUUGUGGGCGUGUCCUCUGCUCCCUUCCUGUCCAAUGGCGUGACAAACAGGGCGGGGUUUCCUCGUUGCUUCGAGCCGUCUAGCCCCUCCUCUUGGGGGCGUAUCCUGAUCUUAAACUACGUGGGCGUGGCUCUGGGCUUCCUCCUCCCUUUCGUCACAAUCAUCAUUUGCUACAGCAGGAUCGUCCAGCGGCUGACGGCCCCCUCUGGCCUCCGCAGCAGCGGCCCGUCCAACAACAUUCGACUUUGCAACAGGCGGCGCUCGGUGCGCCUGGUUGCCAUGGUGACAGCGACCUUCCUGCUCUGCUUCCUGCCUUACCACCUGAUCCGAUCGCUGCACCUGCACGCCGUUUGCGGCCGCUGGAGCUGCGGCGUGGUGGUGGCACUGCAGCGGGCGGUGGUGGUGACGCUGUGUCUGGCGGCGUCGAACAGUGUGGUCAACCCGCUGCUGUACUACUACUCCACCAGGACGUUCAGAGACAAGAUGAGGGACGCUCAUUCCUCUCUGUUGUCCAACAGACCGGGCUCCUUCAGGUCCGGACUGGCCAUGAUGAGGAGGAGGAACACCACCUGAAGCUCACCCGCUCGCUCCUCCUACAACCGUACGCUCCGCCGCCGUGGAGCAUAAAGGGUCAUCAGAAUCUUUUGCCUCCAUCACCAUAAACACACACUGCAAGUUUUAGCCUCAGAAACUCACUUUAGAACGUGGAUUAAUCCGCGGCUGAAAAUAGUCCCCCACUAAAGCACUGCUGUUCACUUCCUGUUGUUUGUUUGAUAAAAACCACAGUGAGCAGGAGUUUUCAGGAAUUACUGAGACUUUUUCAUUUUUCUGUCGUGGGAUUUGUGAGUAUUUGCUGUUGGAAAAACAUUUUUUAUUACGUGUAAACUUUAAUGUUUUCCAGUGAAGAAUCUUUGUUUACAUGUUUGUGUGUUUGGUAAGUUUCAGUCACGUAGAGCGGAAAUAUCUUCGUAUGAAGAUCCCACAGGAUGCGUCCUCCGUUCGCUCUCACUGCAUCUUUUUAUUUGUUUUUACUCAUUUUAUUUUAAAUACUGUCUUCUUCUCAACUUCUCGUAAUUCUGAUGGUUGGUUUAUGAUGACGCAGGAAACCAGUGACCUCACCAACUGUACAAAUACAUGCAGCCCCGCUUUAAAAAUAAUUUUAUUUUAUAGUUUUAAUAAUAUUUUAUUUAUGACAUAAAGGGUACACAUAAUGGACAUGUAAAAACAUGAUGUAUAUGGUGUGUGUCUAAGACAUGUUUGUGUGUGUGUAGUAGAUAUUAGAAUGUAAUGUAAAUAUAAUCGUAGGGAGAAUGUAAUGAAAAUAUUUACAUAUAUAUAUAUAUAUAUAUAUAUGCAUAUCCUGUCAAUGUAAUAAAAAAUAUUAUAAUAAAUAAUAAUAACAAUAAAUCUCAUGACAAAAAAUAUGUUAAUCUGAUAUUAUAGAAUGUAAUAAAAUAUCAUAUAAAACAGUGUAGAAUAAUAUGAUAGUGUGGUGGUGUUAUGACAGAAUUAUUGUAUUAUUUAUAGAAUAAUAAUUCUAAACAUGUUAUAUUAUAAUAAUAUUAUAAUAAUAUAAUAUACAUUAUCAUAUUAAGUUACACCCCAGCAGGACAGAGUUGUUUAUAUCGUUGUUAUGUUUAUAGCAGGAGUUGUUCAUAAUUAAUUUAAUAAAUAUUUAUUAAUA